AUGCCUAGAAGAGCUGAACUACUCCAUUCCUUAACAAGAGGGCGUAUACGUACCUCGUGGAACAAACAUAAUCUUUUCAACUUAUACAAGAAAUCAAGAAUAUCUUUCCAAAGUAAAAAUUUAUAUCAACAAAAAUGGACUGCAAAACAAGAAACAAGAGCUUAUCAUGGUGAACAUUUAACUGAAGGUAGGUGGAAACAUUUUUUUUCACAAAAAUUAGAAUCUGUUGCUCAAUUAGAUGCUUCCCUUAGAGGUGAACAAAGUGCAGAUACUCCAGUUUUAUUACAAACUUAUGCAGUAUUAGAAAAAAGAUUAGAUUUUGCAUUGUUCCGUGCAAUGUUUGCUUCAUCUGUGAGACAAGCUCGUCAAUUUAUUUUACAUGGUAAUGUUUUCGUUAAUGAUGUUAAAAUUACUCAACCAAAUUAUCAAUUAAAAGCUGGUGAUGUUUUCCAUGUUAAACCUGAAAAAGUAUUGGAAGCAUUAGGUUCAACAAAACCAGGUUUAAAAAAAUCUAUUGAUGUUACUAAAUUUCAAAUAAUACAAUGGAAUGAUUAUGUUAAAAGAGCAAAAGCGCAACCAUUACAAGUUUGGAAAGAAAUGCAACAAAAAAGAAAAAAUGACUUGAAUGAAGAAGAAAAAUUAGCUACAAAAUUAAGAAUUCAAGAAAUUAAUAAAACAAAUGAAACAAAAAUGUUGAAUGCACAAAGAUCAAGUUCCAACUUACCAGAAACUUUAACUACAAUCUUAACAACUGGUUUAUCCCAGGAUCAAUCAACAAUUUCAAUGGAUACUUUUAAACAUUUAUAUUCAAAUGAUGCAUUAAAACAUUCAUUAAAUUUAUAUAAUAAAUUAAUUCAAUUUCCAAAAUUAAAUUUAGAAAAAUUAAAAAAUCAACCAUAUCAAGAAGUUAAAAAUUUAAUGACAAUAAUCCUUGCAUCUUCCAAAACAUCAAAAAAUCCAAUUGAAAAAAAACAAAUUAGUGAAAUUAGACAAAUUACUGCAUCUGUACAAAAUUCUCAUAUGGAAGAUUUAAGAUUAAAUUUUGAAGCUGGGAAAUUAGAUCCAAAUUCAAAUAAUUUACCAUAUGAUCCAAAAUGGGCUGAAAAAUUAAAAUAUCAUGAAAAAAUUAAUUUUAAUGAAUUAAAAGAAGAUGAAAUUAAACUAAAUAAAUCAAUUAAAUUACCAUUUCAAUCAGGAUUAUUUGGUCGUUUUGAAAAUAAAAAAAAAUAUUUCACACCAUGGAAAAUAAGACCUUUCAUUGCUCCAUUUGCAAUUUUACCUGCACAUAUUGAAAUUUCAUUUGAAACUUGUCAUGCUGUUUAUAUGAGAGAUCCUGUUGCUUAUCCUGGUUAUUCUGAAGUUAUUUCUCCAUUUGAUUUAUCUGUUCAUGAACGUGCUUAUAUGUGGUAUGUUAAUAGAGUUAAACGUAAGAGAGAUUAG